AUGCUCAGCAUUGUGGGCACCAUCAUCUUGUAUCCGAUCAAGUCCAUGAGCGGAAUUGAUGCCUUCUUCCAGGCCGUCAGCGGCUCGACCGUCACGGGCCUCAAUACCGUUGACCUCAAGGAAAUGAGCCUCUACCAGCAGAUCACCGUCUGGUUCCUCCCCAUGCUGGGGAAUAUGUGCUUUGUCAACCUCGUCGUCGUCUACGUGCGCCUCCGCUGGUUCGAGAAGAAAUUCAACGACAUUGUACAACUCUCGCGGCUGCCGUCUUCUGAGCGCUCACGCGCUCACUUGCUUUCUGUCAGCUCAAAAGCGGAUCGGACUGAUGGAACGACCAAUACGCACAACAUCAGGGUCUUGCAUCCUGAUCCAGCGGACGAGGAGGCCAAUUGGGCAACCCUGCGACACAGACCUCAGGCCAGUGCGAACGGCGAGUCCGACUCGUCGACCGCAAAGGCGCCAUCCCCUGAAAACGUGGAGAGGAGCGCUCAACCCGGCCACAUCACCUUCUCGGAGGACACGUUCGACAAACCUCGUGGAAGAGCACUUCGAAUUCCCGGCCCAAGAGAAUUCGAAAAAGGCCACGGGGUGCAAGAGGUUGAUGACGAAGAUGACGCUGAUAUGACAAAGAGUAUCAACGAUGCGUCUGGUGCCGGGCCAUCCGAUGCCACCCGCAAACUUCCUACCAUGGAAAGGCUUCUGUCCCGUGCCGCGUCUGUCGAACAUGCGGCUUCAUCCGCUUUCAUCAUCGGAGGCUCCUCGAAAGCGAGAUCUCGUUCGAGAUCUAGAGCACUCAGCAGGACAUCGUCGCGGACGACCAUUCAAGCAUUGCCUUAUCUUUCUUACAAUCCUACUGUUGGGAGGAAUUCCAAGUUUUUAGGACUGACUGACGAGCAAAAGGAGGAGCUUGGUGGUAUUGAAUACCGUAGCUUGAGGCUACUUCUCAAAAUUGCUGCUGGCUACUACUUUUUCUUCCACGUUCUUGGAGCCGUUUGCUUGGUGGCCUGGAUCUGGAACUCCGAGCGAAAGUAUCGAGAUUAUGUCCGUAAUGAUUGCGCCAUCAACCCCACCUGGUGCUUUCGAGAAUCCACAUUUCCCAUGCUGUGGAUGACGUUCUUAAUCUAUAUUGGGAAUACGGCGUAUCCUUGCAUGCUAAGAUUGAUCAUCUGGAUAGCUUUCAAACUUACACCUGAAGGCGCUGCGAUCAAGGAGCCGCUCAACUUCCUGUUGGACCACCCUAGACGCUGUUAUACCGUUCUUUUCCCGAGCAAGGUGACCUGGGUGCUCUUUGGCAGUUUGGUGGUAAUCAAUGGUUUCGAUGUGAUUCUGUUCUUGAUUCUCGAUCUCCACUACCCAGAAGUCACAGUGAUCAAAUCCGGAUGGCAUCGAUUCUGCGCUGCACUCUUUCAGACAGCGUCUGCUCGUACUACGGGAACCUCAUCUUUUGCCGUUGCAAAAGUUCAUCCUGCUGCUCAGUUCAGUUUAAUGGUGAUGAUGUACAUUUCGGUUUUCCCCAUCGCUCUCAGUGUAAGAGGAACCAAUACCUACGAAGAAUCGUCUCUCGGAAUUUUCGACGAUUCAGAGGAACUAGUCGAGAUGAAACGGACGUCGUAUCUUGGCGUACAUAUCAAAAUGCAGCUUGCCUUCGAUUUGUGUGGAAAUGUCGGACUCAGCCUUGGUCAUCCGUCAAUUAAUACUGCCUUAACGGGCAAAUUUAGUACCGUUGGAAAACUAGUAAUUUGCGCCAUGAUGAUACGUGGCAAGCAUCGUGGCCUACCAUAUGAAGUGGAUCGCGCUAUUAUCCUACCUGGCGAGAAGCGCCUCGCCGAAGAAGAUGCUAGACUUGAGGCAAUGAGUCACGGUUUAAGCCGCCGACAUACCAAUUAA